GCUAGCCGGAGAUCAUAAGUGGGGAGCGUGAAAUAUUGUCCAUCGAAUGGGCCCUUUGUCAUAUUCAUCACAAUACGCAAGAAUAGACUUGCGCAUCAUCCAUAUAGACUCACAAAAUGGCGGAUAAUAGCAGGCAAUCAGAAUCAAAUCCUGUCGUAUUCUUUGACAUAGCUCUAGCAGGAGAACCAUUGGGUCGCGUGAAGAUGGAGCUUUUUGCAGACAUCACACCACGAACAGCAGAGAAUUUUCGACAAUUCUGUACUGGUGAAACCAAAAACAGCACUGGUCGGCCUCAGGGCUAUAAGGGUUGCAAGUUCCAUCGUGUAAUCAAAGAGUUCAUGAUACAAGGCGGCGAUUUCAUCAAUGGAGAUGGUACAGGCAGCGCCUCGAUCUAUGGCGGUCAAAAGUUCUCAGAUGAGAAUUUCACAUUGAAGCAUGAUCGGGCUGGACUACUCAGCAUGGCAAAUUCUGGGCCGAAUACAAACGGCUGCCAAUUUUUCAUUACGACUGUCCCAGCGCCAUUCCUGAAUAACAAGCAUGUUGUAUUUGGGCAGGUGAUCGAUGGCAUGAAUAUUGUACGCAUGAUUGAGAAUACUCGUACUACUAGGGACAAACCUAACCAGGACGUUACCAUCACACAAUGCGGAGAAAUGUAAAAGGUACAACAUUGACUAGAACCGAGCUAGAUUACAAGAAUCA